AUGCCAAGGAUUAGGCCCAAUCGUUCGUCCACUUCUGAUCAGGCUAAUUUAGUCAUUGAUCAAGAAAUCUCGACGUUAUCCAUCAGUACAAAUGAAGUGGCUAUCGGUUCAAGUAUUAUUAUAUCAUGGGAUAUUAAAGGACCAUGUUUAGAAAAUGACUGGAUCGGCCUAUUCUAUUCUGAUGAUGACAACACAGAUAAUUCUAUCGCCUGCUUCCAUCGAUACAAAGACGUCUAUAGAAAAGGAAAAUACAGUUGGUUAGUUCGUGAAUUCGACAACGAGUUUGGUAAAGCUACAUCACAAUGUUGUUUUAGGUACUAUAAUAGUACAUCGCAGAUCCUACGAGCUGUUAGUCCUGUAUUUACAGUUUAUAAUCCAAAUGUUGAGAUACCUUUUAACCUACAAGAAGAAAUACUUCCCUGUUAUCGAAAUCGUAAAUUUGUUUUUGCAUUGUCUGAUAUCUGCGUCAAUGGCUUAAAAAGACGACUAUUUAGCAAACCUUCAACUAAUGUCGUUGUAGCAGUAAUGCCUCGAUGUCUCUUGCAUCAUAAGUCCAAUUCUAGUUUCAAACGAUCUACUUCUGUGCAAUCGAAAACAACCGAACCGUGCUGGAAUGGCGAAAUUUUUAGAUUUCAAGCGCGAGUUUUUGAUGUUCUACAAUUGGAGGUUCGUGACAGCGAAAAUCUUUAUAGGAGUAAAUUUGUUGGAAAGAUAGGCAUUCCCUUUAUCGAAAUAUUCAAAGCCAAUUUAACCAAGAGUGAGAUGUCGAACUAUACCUGUCGAUUAUGUGACAAAAGUGGUUCAAAGUACGUCAAUGGUUGGAUAUCUUUCGUUUUAACUCAAAUUCCAGUAGAUGGCUCAGGAUUGACAAUCUCUUUAUCCAUGUCCGGAUUAAGUAAUGUAUCUGCAGAAACCAAUGGUCAAAUUAACAUAUCUCGUAAUAGAGAGGGUAGGUCAUUUCAGAAGAUAUUACUCAAUGAAGAUUGGUUUCAUCGGCUGAGUGAUAAUGUCGAAGACGAUAUCCAAUCUCAGAAUGGUACAGAGGUGGAAGUAAUUCAUAAUUUAGAUGAAAUGGAAGAUGAUACUAGGUUUCCUCAAUCAAUACGACAACACGAUAAUGCAGCUAUUUUAGGCAAUCACACACAUAAUGAAAAUGGUCAUUCUUCUCGACAUGGGCACAAUGAUUGCGAACCUGAGUUGGCCGUCGAAGACUCACUCGCGGCAGGACAUAUUAUUAACUCUUCUGGUGAAGAUGAAUCAAGCAGUGUUAUCAUCAAUGACACACGUGAAAACUUUGAAAUUGAAUUAGCACAAACAUCUAACUUAACCCAUGAAUCGAAUGGGUUAUCGCAUGAUAGUUAUAAUCUAACAUGCAUAGAGCGCACAGAAGGCAUAAUUAAUAUAUAUCGUGCUAGUGUUGAAAUUAACGGUCAAGCCAGUAAUUCCGAUUUAACUGAAACCGAUUUAGAAGCUUCUGCAGAAGUACAAACUGCGAAAGUCCAUCAAGAUCUGACUACCACUGGAGCGUGCUAUACGCCUGCUGCUAACGUGACAUUAGAUGAUGCUAAUCAUGUACAUAGUCCUAAUAAUGAUGUAAUUGAUAGUAAUUAUGAUAACCAUUAUCCUAUUGAAAGAUCACAAGUUAAUUCAAUUAAUGAACAUAAUCAAAAUCAUAUCGACCUACCAACUAUGAAUGUGAAUCCUGAUACUGUCAUUAACACAUCUAAUCAAACUCACUCAUCGUAUGAAUCGACCAGCGCCAGUAGUACUAAUACGUCUGAAACUUGUCAUCAAUCAGAUCUAUUAGAACCGUUAAAUGAUAAUAAAAUUACAUCGACCGACGAGAUAAAUAGAAAUCGUCACGAUAAGGUUGGAACAUCCAUAAAUUCUACUGAACAUGAAUUUCGAGUAAAUACUGAUCAUAAUGAUGUAAAUAAUACACCACCUUCUACAAAUAGCAAUCGUCAAUGGAUAGAUAUAGAUAUUGAAGCAAACAAUGUAUGCGAUUCAACACAAUUAUUAUCACAGGAUAAUUCCAAUGAGCCUGGUUUAACUUUUGAGUCUACUAUUGCGAGAAUGGAUAGUCACUCGUCUUCAUUGCAAGAUUGUCAACGUAGAGGUGAACCUUUCAUAUCUAAUGCCAUUAAUAAUGAAGUAACAGCUAUGGUUCAUGAUGAAAAUAGCAAUCACAGCCACGUGAUACAAUGCGAAUAUCACAAUCACCAAAUAAGUAACGAAAAUAUUGACGCACAGAAUAUUAUACCAACAUCAGACUGUAGUCAAGAAUUGGGUAAAGCUGACCUCAGAAGCAAUUAUGGAGUUACUGCGACAAAUCCUGAUACCGUAGCGAUAUCGUCGCAUCCAAUCGACAACUCGCAAUUAAUGGAGGGUAAUAUGCUAUAUAAUAGUGAAAUAAUUCCUUCUGAAAAUCAAAAUUUUAGCGUUGUGGACCAGUCUUUAUUGAACUCUCAACUUACAGUAACCAACGAUAAUAAUACUCAAGAUGAUGAACAUAGCCGUCAACUUGGUAAAUGA